CCCAGCGGCGGGUUUUGCACUCACUCGCACAUGCACACCCCACAAAAAACUUCACCCGCGCCGUGGGUUCACCAGUCCAGAGGAGGAGUGAUCAUCGGGAGCAGCACCUUCGCCUCUCGUCGAGAAACAACCUGCGCAGCAGGGGGAAUAAACGCAUUCAGUGCCAGCGCCGGGGAGGACGGGCGGUUCAUUUCCUCCGCCCCACUUUUUAUCUUUUCUUCUUAUUUUCUUUUUUUCCUUCUUUAUUUUGUUCCCCAGAAAGAGGAAAACCCGCCUGUUUGUUUCUUUUUUUUAGCACAGCUUCUUCGGCACGCCUUGCUGCCGGAGUCUCUCCUGGCCGAAGCAAGCUGCGCUGGGGUCCCGGUCCUAUUCCUUCCUGCUGGCCAGGACUCAGGGGACGCCGGAGCCUACUUGGCCAGCUCGGAGGGGCAGGAUGGCGGCGUCUGUUUGCUGGGUGCUGUGCCUUUGCCUGGGCUGGGGCUGCCUGUGCCUGGCACUGGGGGAUGCGCUGAAGGAUCGCUGGGUCGGGCUGCGGCGGCGCACAGCCCUGGGAGCUGCGCGGCGUGGCUGGGGCAAAGCCGCUGCAGGUGGCUGUGGCCCACGGCACGCAGAGGAGCAGCUGCAGCCGCGGGACAAGGUCUCGGAGCACAUGCUGAGGCUCUACGACCAGUACAGCGCAGGACGGGCGGCGGAGCAGCCCCAGGACAUCCUGGAUCUGCCCCUCCGCCACGGCAACACGGUGCGAGGCUUCCGCCCGCUGUCCGCAGGGAGCCCUGAAAGCCAGAAGAUGUAUGUUUUUAACCUGACAUCCCUCACAGAGUCUGAAAACAUCUUGUCAGCUUCAGUAUAUUAUUAUAUUGGUGAUUUGCUGCAUGUGAAGUGGAACUGUUCUGAGUCCAGAGGUUGUUCUUAUCACAGGCACAGGAAACCUGAAAUCCAGAUACAUCUUUCAGUCUGGACCUUACCUUCUGUGGGGAACAAGACUUGGACCCUAGGACAUUUCCUCAUCAAUGUCUCCAUAGCUCACCAGGAUGCCCUUUCCUGGCAGAGGAAGGAUAUCACUCAGCUUCUGCAUGGAGCAAAACAAAACAAUGAGCUACUGAUAGGUGUCAAAAUGGAUCUGAGCAGCCAUCACCCCUGGGAACGAGCACCUUCUCUCUAUGAACCCUACAUUCUGAUUUAUGCCAAUGAUUCCGCAAUUUCAGAGCCAGAGAGUGUCAUCUCUAGUCUGCAAGGGCACCAUCAUCCUCUGGCGAGGGUCCUUCCCAGGCCAGAAAACCACAUGAGGAGCAGCCUCGGGAAGCGGCGGCAAAAACGCUCCACAAACAUCCUCUUGCCAUUGCAGAAUAAUGAGCUUCCGGGAGCCGAGUACCAGUACAACGAGGAUGAGAGAUGGGAGGACAGAAAACCCUACAAAAGCCUCCAGCCACGGCUGUCAGACAGGGCAAAGAGUAAGAAAAAGCAGAAGAGUCCUCACCAGAAGAGCCAGGCUCUUCAGUUCAAUGAGCAAACACUGAAGAAGGCGAGGAGGAAGCAGUGGAAUGAGCCCCGGUAUUGUGCCCGGCGUUAUCUCAAGGUGGAUUUUGCAGACAUUGGCUGGAAUGAGUGGAUUAUUUCCCCAAAAUCCUUUGACGCCUAUUACUGCUCAGGGGAAUGCCAAUUCCCAAUUCCAAAGGCCUUGAAGCCAUCCAACCAUGCCACCAUCCAGAGCAUAGUGAGAGCUGUUGGCGUCGUUCCAGGCAUUCCUGAGCCUUGCUGCAUUCCUGACAAAAUGUCUUCUCUUAGUAUCUUAUUCUUUGAUGAAAAUAAAAAUGUGGUUCUUAAGGUGUACCCCAACAUGACAGUGGAGUCCUGUGCAUGCAGAUAACAUCUCAGGAGACCCUUUUGAAAUGCUGAGAUGAUCACUUGCUGUUGGGGAGGGCAGGGUGGGCUGGGGAGUGUUUCACAAUAUGUACUUUUUGUUUGCACUACCAGUGCAUUUUGUUUGGACAAAGAGAAAAACAAUAUAAGAAAAUCCAAACACUGAGGAUGGAAAUAGAAUGGCAGUUCCAAGGAAAGAGAACACAGACUUCAUUCAUCUUGAAUUUGACCAAGACACAAAUCUUGGGAAUGGGAACUUUCUGUUGAAAUCAAAAGAUGGAAGAGGAAUUUGCAGAAGACUAUUCAAGAUGUUUGAGACUGUCAGAAGGACAUCUUGAUUUAUUUUUGUACAAGGUGCUGGAAGCAGCAGCAGUAGCUGUUGAUUUUUUUAUCUCUCUUCUUAUGGUGACUAAAUGGGAGGGAGAGUCAAAAUAUAUUGGUCUGCAUUUUAAA